AUGUGAGUACCAUGUUGUUAUGAAUGUGGUGUGUAUUUAAAGUUUACACAACACAACCGAGACUAGUCAAUAAAUUUUUUUAAACAACCUGUUACUAGUCUAUUUGCAUCAUGCAUGAUUAUGAAGCCGUGAGGUUAAAAAACUUAGAAGAUAAUCGUCGAGUUUUAGCUUCUUUUGGAUUGCUGGACCCGGUACGAACUCAAAACUGCAUCUGCAAAUUACUCAACAUCAACACACUUUACUGUAAACUUUACUUCACUUUACACAAACUCAUUCAAGUCACACUCGCCCCCUUUUCUCUUUCCCUGAACUCUGAGACUCUCCCCUAGAUUUGCUGAUGCUCUUAAAAUAAGUUUACUACUACUCUAACGAAAUUAAUUAGAUUUAGAUCAUUUAAUUUAGUGAUUUCCACUGAUGCCCUUCUAAGGAGGCUUCUUUGCUUUGACUUUGAUUAUCCUACUGCUUUUUAAUUUUAAGUAACAUUAUUUUUUAACAAUGAAUGUAAAAAAGUUCUAAUACUAAUUAACAUUAUAACUAUUGCUAGAAAGUAUUUUACUAUUAAUAUUAAUGCAUCAGUCUAAGCUAAAUAGUCUGUCAAUACAAAUAAUGUUAUGUGAUAGUUCUGUUUCUUCUCUUCAACAAGUUACCAGUUACUAUUUGAAUUUGGGUUGGCCUAGGGUGACCAAAUGUCCCGUUAAAACAGGACUGUCCCGUUUUUUCACGAUCGUACCUGGUGUCCCAAAAAAGUCUCUCGGGAUGCCUAAAUGUCCUAUUUCUAAAACCAAGCACAUUUUCAAAUCACUAAAACUUCCUAAUUUAUAAUAUAACUUCAAGUAAUAUUUUGGCCAGCUGUGUAGCCAGUGUUGAUGUGGGCUCACGUGAUGGCUGCCCUGUUCCCCCUCCACCACUCUGCCGACGCUGUGUAAACCACAGUGUCCCUGCCAUAGAUCUUAUAUGCAUAGCAAAAGACACAAGACUUGAAGCCGCAAGGGGGGGGGGGGGGGACGUAACUGCGCAGAAACCAAUUUUGAUACUGCUACAUGUAAUGUGUUAGUCUUACGUGUGAUCCCUGCCAGCCUGUUCGUGUCAGAGUGACAGGUGUUUGUUUUGGGUGGUGAACUUUAUUCUUUAAUUUUAUAUUAUCUUCUCAUAUAGACAAUAAUUAUGCCCAAGCGUCAAUGAAAGUUUAUGAAGGAGCAUUCCAAAGAGUGGAACUAUAUUAAAAAGGGACGCUAUGACAGUGAAGCCCAGUGCACAGUUUGCACUAGUGUUUUUAGUAUUGGUCAUGGUGGACGUUCAGACAUAAAAUAAGACAUCACAUCAGUGAAACAUAGGAAAAGACUGAGUGCCCCAAGUAGCAGUAUGUUUUUUAAUAAUUAUUUUAUAAAACAUGAUUCCCAUGAAGAAACGAAAGUUAGAGCUGCUGAACUAACUAGGCUUCCAUACAGUAAAGCACCAUCACAGCCUUAGGUCAAAUGACUGUGUCAACAAGUUGAACAGUGUUAUGUUCAGUGACUCAUCAAUUGCGUUAAUAUUUAGCUCUUCCAGAACAAAGAAAUCAGCCCUGUUAAUUGGUGUUUCAGCUCCAUUCAGCUUGAAAACUAGCAUUGAAGAGAUGAAUAAAUUCCCUUUUUAUGGCAUUUCAACUGAUGCAAGUAAUCACAAGACUACACAAAUCUUUCCUUUUGUAGUUCAGUUUUUUGACAUAAAUGAAGGGAUAAAGUCAAAGUUACUGAAAGUAGUUUCUUGCCAUGUGAAAUGUCAGAUGAGAUAUCUCGUUUCUGCUUGAACUGUAUUGAUAAAUUCAAGUUAAAUAAAAACAGUUGCAUUUUGUCGUGACAAUACCAACACAAAUUUUGGUGGUUUGAACAGAGUGGGGGGAAAAAUGUAUAUGCAAAAUUAACAACUAAUUUACAUGGUGGUAUUGAAGGUGUGGGUUGUCCAGCACAUGUACUGCAUUGCAUAUGUGCAGCUGCUGAUUAAGCUGUGACAUUGUUAAGCUGUGACAUUGAAGUUAUUGUUAACUCUGCUCUUAUUUUUCUGUAUACACCAUGCAAAACUCAAGUUGGUGGUCUGUAGUUAAAUUUCAGCCAAAGGCCAGUCAAGCAAAAAGUCACCCCCGGAUGGAUGAGACUCGUUAACCUUGGUCGCCAACUCAUCUAAGAGAAGGAAACUCUGAAUUCAAACCUGGAGUUGGAGUCCCGUAAGGCGCAUACAAUGACAAUUCCUGCAACAUACCCAUCCCUGGUCGUCUUGCCACUGGAUAAGUGGGCCCGGACGAGAGAGUGAGGUUGACGCCGCGCAACUCUUCCUCACUUUAAACAAAAGUCACCCGUGCAAGUCAUCAGUCACCGGACAACUUGAUGGUCCUAGUCAAUCUUUGAUGGACGAGCAACAAAAAUACACCAUGCAAAGAGAGGCUAAAAGAAUUAUGAGAAAUGGUUGUCGAAUCUGGCACUAUUUUGGCGUAUUCAAAAACUUGUUGGCUAUCUUUGAUGCCUGCAAUAGAUCGAAUUUCAAAGCUGUUUGAUGGUUUAAAGGAUUUCUUUUUAAACAAGGCAAAAUAUUGAAGGAAGUACAGAAAGUUUUAUGGAAGUAAAUGAUGUAUUGGAAUGUACUCUCAGAGCUUUGACCAGAAGAAAAGAGGAAAAGUUUUUAUCUUUUUCAUUUAGUGAAAAAUCCAUUCUUAAACGGGCCAAUUUUACGCAACAAGACGAAAUUAACUUCAAAAAUGAAGUUAACGAGUUGUAUGAAACCUGCAUAAAAUAUCUUAAAGAAUGGAUUGUACCAUUCUCUACCUUUCUCAAAAUUCAAAUGGAUGCUUUUGAAGGCUAUCCCAGUUGGGAAAAAAUUGAAGAAACUAUUUGUUACUUCGACAAAAAAAGUAUUGAAAUAAAUGAUACUUUGCUAUUUGAUCAACUGGCAUCGUUAGCAGAUUUUGUAAGUGAAAAUAUUAAAGACUGGACUGAUGAAGAUAAAAAACACCCCAAUGUCACGAAAAGUGGAUUUGUUUUUUCAAAACCCGUACUAGGCCAGAACGGCACUCUGAAUUUGUUUAAAUAUGCGUUUGCGAUCCCUGCCCAUAAUGUUAAUACUGAAAGUAUCUUUUUGCUCAUGAACAUUCAAUGGACAGACAAAAGAAACAAGAUGAGAGUGGAGACCUUUUCUGCAAUCCGGCAGGUUCUCUACAAUUUCAAAAUGGACUGUUCUAGUUUUUACAACUUUAUAUUUGAUAAGUAGGUUUUAACAAUGGCUGGGACAACAGCCAAAUAUCCUCAAUUUAAAUUCUAGACUAGAAAAAUUUAAUUUGUUGCUUGUAUUAUGUUGUAAAAUAUGUAUAAAUAAAUAAGUAUUUACUGCAAAAUUAUUGUUUUCGUUUAUGAUAUGCCUCAGAGUUUAAAUUAAAUUACAAAAGUGAAGGUAAAUUUAAAAAGAUUUCUAGGUCUCAAAAUAGUUAAAUGAGCAUAUUUCAAUAAAUAGUUUCCAGCGGAGGCCCGCAGACCCCUCUAUAGCUGGAGGUUAACCCUCCUUGAGUGCGUCCCGUUUUUUCCAUUUCAUGAUUUGGUCACCCUAAGUUGGCCCAUAGUCCUAUCCCUCACACACAGUUACAGUUUCAAUAAUCUAACAAUGACAAAGUCAUCAAUAUUGAAAACUGAAAAGGCAUAUAUGAGCAUGGUCCUAAAAUCACGACUUCACUUGUCAACAGUAUUGAGUAGUACUGGUUGACUUACACAGACCUGUUUACUCUUACAAUUUUGGCGUACAAUGUAUGAUUUUGAGAUGUCUUUUACGAUUGUACGCCAAGACCUGACAGAAUUACGAUUUUAAGAGACCGAAUUAAAAACAUAUACAUUCCGUUUGUUUUUUCCCGCUAUAAAAAAAAAACUAUUAAAAGUACAUUUUCGGUUUUUUAGUUUUAACUUGCAUUUGCAUUCUAGUAAAUUCUACAUCAACAGUGAAUGGAUCGAGAAAUAUGAUUGUUUAGGGCCAUCUGUUAUUAGAUUACAUUUGCUCUGAGAGGGGAAUGGAGUGGUGUUGAUUUAGGAGAUUUUAUGUGGGAGGGGAGGUCUAAAUAUUUAAGUCUAUAAAAUUAAAACCACCACAUUUACUUAAUGAUAGUCGUGAUGAUCAUAUUGUUGCUUUGUGUGUUUCAUAAUUAACUCACUAAAGUGUAGUUGCCUGAGUCAGUUUUAGUCAAUCCUUACAUUCUCAACUGUUCCUGGGUAGCAACAUUAGAUUUUUACAUAUUUUAUAGGAUUUUAGAAGGCUGUUGAAAUUGAAAUCUAUUUUUUGGAUCGCACAAAAAAGCUUUAAGAUUUUUAUUACCCUUAUUGUUUGGUUCCAACAGUCUUGGACAUUUCUCUUCUUUUCACCCAUUUACAGCUUGUGAUAUUUAACAGACAAUAAUUAUAAAAUAUUAGCAGGAAAUAGGCAGUUGAUAUUAAUUCUUAUUUUUUUCUGACCGCAGAUUGCAAUAUAAACGUCGGUCAUAAACUUUUAGACGUUACCUUUUUUUGACACCAUUUUAACUCAUCAUGUAACUAGACAUGUAAUGAGAGUAGUUUUUAUUUUCAUUGUAUAUACUGUAUGUUUAUUUAUUUACUAUUUAGAUACUGUAUUGUACGGUUUUGAGACAAUAUUGUACAAUUUUUGGAGUUCUGGGGUAAACAAGUCUGAUAUAUACAUUAUGUACAUUUAAUUUAUGCUUGUAUGAAUGUUUUUUUGUUGUUGUACUGAUGAAGGCAUUUGCCGAAACGUUUGCAUUUGUUUUUUGUAUUCUGUGUAACCAUAUAGUUUAACCUAUAUUUUUUUAUUUACACAAAUUGUUUGUGUCUCAUUAGUUUACUUCAAAGAUUUAUUGCAGUCCAACACUCUUAUUAAAAUACACAAGAUUAGAGAGUGUAAUUACACAUUUUAAAUAUCUUUUUUCUUGUUAAGUGGAACAUUAGCAUAAACACCUCUGUCAAAAUAGGAUUCUGCUGAUUUGGAAAUUAUCUUUAUUACAGUUUAAAUCUCUACCUAGUAUCAUUAAAAAGCGAAAUGCAUUGACAGUAAAACCAGCCCCGUCUAGGAAAAGACCAGCACCUUUUGAAUUAGACAGUUUUGUUGGUGGAUCAGUAUAUGGCACAAUACGCAAGUCAGCUCGCCUUCACCUUCAAGGAAAGGUACAAUACGUAUAAGUUCAAUGCACUGAAUUCUUAGUUAUAGAUAGGUUUAUCCUUAGCAUAGUAGAUAUUGUGAAAUAAAUGUUUAAAUUGUAAGCUUUAGAUAAUGUAAAUGAUUAAAUGUCACAUUUCUUGUGCUUAUUUAAGAAAAUUAAAAGGCAGGGACUACCUAAUGACUUCACAACCUUGUUUCUACCAAAGGCUAAGACCCUUGAGCUCUGUACAAUUGGGAUUGAUUGGGAAAUAUUUCUGUUACAAGUACCUAAAUACAGUUUGGCAAGACUUGGCAUUGAUUCAUUUAAAGCCAGAUUAUCCUUAGGACAAAUUAUUUUGGGGAUUUGCUUGUAGCAAGGAUAUGUGCCUGAGAUGUGAUCCUGUAUAAAAAAAAACUCCAGUGUGAUGUCAUAGCUUUAGGAUGAGUUUGUGGGGUUAAAGGGGCAUUUGACUGAGAAAAGUUUGAGUACCACAUUAUUCAAUGUUCAAAUAAUUCCAUUAUUUACAAAUUAAAUAAGUUGGUCAAGAGAUUCAUUAUGCUAUGGUUCAUUGUGACUUCUCCCAAGGAUGCGAAUGAAGAAGGAGGAUCUCUUUAUGUAGGACUUGAUGAUUGUGAGGAAGAAAAUGAAAAAUCAGCAUCAAAAGUUCCAGCACAUCGACCAAAUGUUUAUGGUGCAAUACCAGGUAUUUUCUUAAUUUGGUUUUAGAAUAUCUAUCCAUAUAUAUACUAAUUUCAAGCUUUUUUUUUUUUGGAUAAAGAUCAAUCACAGUUACAUUUGGUUUUUUUAAAUGUAUUUAAUCAAUUUUUUUUAAAAUUUUGUAUGAACAAGAUAUUCUUGUGGGAACAGCUUGGAGUACUCGAAUGGAAUGUUGCAGAGAUGGGAUUCAUAGGUAAUUUACCAAUUAUUAUUCCAAAAGGCCUUGGAGUUGGAGUAGGGAAGAAGUUUGAGUAGUGUAGGUAAAUAUUUAAUGAGGUGGUUUAAAUAUUUUAAAGUGCAAUGAAGAAUUUUAAUAUAAUAUAUUUAUCUAAUUUAAUUUACACAAAUGGUUUUAAUUGUUGAAAUUUUUCAUAAUUAAAGCUUACCAUAAUUUUUUUUUAUUUACACAAAUUGUUUAUGUCUCAUUAAUCUACUUAAAAGCUUUAUUGCAGUCCAAGACUUUUAUUAAAAGAUUUAAAAGUGAUAUCUGCAAAUGUAACUCUUAGUAGUCUUAGUCUUAAUCUUUAAUUUAUUAUGACUUAACCUUAGUUUGUUGUCUAAAAGUUAUUAAAUCUUCAGACCUACAGUAGCUGGUAUUCAUGGAGGAGUAAAUGGGGCAUACUCAAUAGCUCUUUCAGGAGGUUAUGAGGAUGAUGUUGACUUGGGGGAAUGUUUUACUUACACAGGAGAGGGUAAUAAAAAAGUAUUUCUUCUUCUGUGAUUUUUGAGCCUAUUCAUUCAGAAAUGCUUUCCAUAUAUAACUUUGCUCUGAGUUAUUCUUUUGAUUCUCUUGCUCACUCUGUCAAAAAUUAUUUUUAGAUUUAAAUCAAAUCAACUUUAAAUCAAAUAUUUUGAAUAAUUUGUUAACUUUAUAAAUCUUUAACAUGAGAACCGUUCAUCUUUAUAUUUUAAUUUAGGUGGACGAGAUUUAAAGGGUACAAAGGCAAACCCAAAGGUAAAGAAUAUUUUAGCAUUCUCAGUCUUGUUCGCUUUGAAAAUUAAAGCUGGGUUUUUGUGUGAUAUUUUUAAAAAUAAAAAAAAUAAAUCUAUCAUGUAAUUGAUGAGGUGCUAAUGAAUGUAAAAGGCAAAUCCUCAAAUUUCCCAUAGAAUCUUAGAACAGCUCCACAGAGCAAGGACCAGACUCUGACUAGAGGAAACUUAGCUUUGAGUAAAAAUGUAGAGACAGGAAAUCCAGUCCGUGUCAUUAGGGGCUACAAAUUGGACAGUCCAUUUGCACCAGAAGAGGGCUACAGAUAUGAUGGUGAGAGACAAUAUGUAACUAUAAAUUAAUUAUUUUUUUUACAACAUAACAGGGAACAGUAUCAAAACUUGCUAAUUGUAUUUAUAGUAAGAGUUGUUGUGGCUUAGGGCCAUACAUAAAUGAAAUGAGAUCAAACAAAUUUUUUUGACCCCACCCCACCCCCAAUUCACCACAAAAGGUAAGGGUCUUUCUUUCCCCCCCCCCCCCCCCAUUUUUUCCUUCCUUUCUGUCCACUAAUGUCCUUUAUAAACCCUUUAAAAAAAUCACCUCCCAUGGAUAUUGUAUUACUGCACCUGUGUCAAAAACAUUUCCCUGAAACAGGGUUGUGUGCAAGACCCAGAAAAUUGUAUUUGCUUCCACUUCCAGUGCUAGUUGUUGCUGCCUUUAAAAAGGAAAUAUUUUUUAUCCAUUUUUAACAGCAGUAAAUGUUUUUCUGGUGAAUUUUGUUUGGGCAUUACUUGUAUUGUUUGUUUUUUUUCCAUUUUCUAUAAAGUUAAUUAAAGAAAUAAAAUUACAAUAACUAAUUUAUUUUAUUAUUUUCAUUUCAAAAUUUUAUUUCAAUAUCUUUAUGGGGGUAAGGUGGAAAUGUUAAAUGUUUUUAAAUUGAGAGAGGACGCAGCGCUGCAAAAUGGUUAGAAUAAUCCCAUGCCUUAGAACAUUUACUCAGAUCACCAGUCCCCUACACAUACCGCACCCUUACAGUUGUCACUAUACCAAUUGAGGCUACACCCCUGGUUUAAAGACUUGCAUCAAGGGAAUAAAAUACAACCUAUACUUUUGAACAGUUCUUUAAUCCUAAAACACUUAAGCAACUAUAUUGUGUGAUAAAAUAAUACAGCAAUAGUACUGUACUAGACACAAUAGCUGAUCCUAUGAGUAUGAGUCAUAUUAUUAAAGUGUAAUAUUGAAAUUCUAUGGAAAAUUAGAAUAAGACUUCUAUUCUAAAGACAUUUUAAUAAUUACACUUCAGUAUUAUUCUAUUAUUGAAGGCCACAAAAUCUAUUACAUUUGUUAUAGUUAUAUUGCUAAAUUUAUGAAUUAUUUGAGAUAAAAUUAAAACCUGGAGGUGUUAUAAAAAAAAAAUUAUAAUAGAUUUGGAAUUAAUUAAUGCUUUAACUAAAUUUCUUAUAUGAAACUUGCAGGUUUAUACACUGUAGAGAAAUGUUGGUUCACAACAGGAUUGUCAGGACAUGGAGUCUGGAAAUUUGCUCUCAAACGAUGCACUGAUCAAACGCCACCACCAUGGCAGUAUGCAACGGUAAGAUAACUUUUAUAAAAAAAAUUUAAUUGGAUUUCAAAUUGAAGUUCUAUGUUUGAACACUCUUAUAAAUUUUCAUCGCAGUUAAUUUUAAAAUUAAAGGUUGACCAGAAAUAAAAUGUACUGCUUAGUAAUAAUAAAACACUCUUGUUAAGCAUUAAUAAUAGUGUUAAUUACGUGUCAAAGUUUAAAUUGUGUUAAAAGUUAAAAGAAUUAAAUCUGCCUCUUACUCUUAGUACUUAAAGUAAAAGAUAAUAUUUGAAAGACUGCAUUCAAGCUGUGUGAAUGAAAUAGUAAUAUAAAGUUAAUAACAGUCAUAUUUAAAAAGAAUAUAUUUAUGUGUUAUAUCAUUUUCAAAAUUUUAAUUAUUAAAACUCGGACUUUUUAUAUUAUUGGGUUAAGUAUAGGAUGGAUAUGCUAAAUUGCUAUAUUAAUUAUUAUUUCCGAACAAGCAAAGACUGUCUAAGUAACAUUAACUGACAGCUUAUUAAAAGGGCUGGAUGACCAUCAACUUGCAUGUUGAUUGAAUGCUGUGGUCAGUGUGAAGUCAUAUAUUCUGUGGCCACCUAAACCCAAUAUUGUUAAUAACUGAAAGUAUAUUAAAUAUUAGCUCUAAAAAUCCAUCAACCAAACUUUUGACUUUUACUUCAGCUUUAAAAAAAUAUUACCAGUAUUUCCUGUUAUUAGAAUUAGAGGAAUUUAGUUAAUAAUUACAACUUUACUGUAAAACUAAAUCAUUGAUUCAUUAUUAUUAGUAACACUAGUUAAGAAUAAUUAUUUCUAAACUUUUCCACUCAUAAUUUUAACUCAGAUUUAUACCCUAAAAUUUAUAACAGGAGAAUUAGACACUAAUACAUAUAAACAGUGUUGUACAUUUAUGGUAUCGAUAGCCAGAUGUAGCCCUUAGCAGUAUCAUAAAAAGCAUCACAAUUAUACUGCUAAAUCUAAUAAAAUUUCUACAUCAUUAAAAUCACCUUUUAAAUUAAUAGUAUGAGUAUGAUUGAUUAAUUUGGUUUAACUAAAAUACCAAAGAUUAUACUACCAUUAUUUACUACAUUCAAGUACAAGAGGUUUUUAUUUGAUUUACAUUCAGGAUCCUGGGUCACCAGCCAAGUCCUCAGUAUCUAGUGAUGAAGGAAAAACCGGGGAAGAAGAUUCUCAAACCUCUACUGGAAGUGAUGAAACCAAGACCAGAAGGAUUGAUUAACGAAAGACAUGCCAUUGUAAAUCACUGCACUUACACUUAGUGGAUUUGUCAUUCAUUCCAAUUGUUCAUACAUUCUAAAAAUCAUGUUGCUGUACUAUUGGUUGAGAAAUGUCUUUACCUCAGCUUUUGCUUUUUAACCAAAAUAAAUUUCUUAUUCUUUAAAGCUCAACUUAAUUGUUAUGAAAUGCUGAUUUUAGAAGAACAUUUUAAUAUGCUAAGUUUUAGUAGCACAAAUAAGAUUAAAGAGUUUUAUUUUAAUAAAUAUUUAGUACAUAUUUUUAUAUAUUU